GGCGGCGCGCCGGAAGCGGAGCGGGGCGCUGGGCCCGGCAUGAGCGCGGCCGAGCGGGGCCCGGGCUCCGGCCCCGGCCCCGGUCGCGGCCCCGGCGCGGAGCCGGGCGGGGGGCGCAAGGCGCGGGGGAGGCCGCGGUUGACGGAGUCGGACCGGGCGCGGCGGCGCUUGGAGUCGCGGAAGAAGUACGACGUGCGGCGGGUGUACCUGGGCGAGGCGCACGGGCCCUGGGUCGACCUGCGCCGCCGCAGCGGGUGGAGCGACGCCAAACUCGCGGCCUAUCUGCUGGGGCUGGAGCGCGGGCAGCGAGCGGGGAGGAGGGGCAAACCCUGGGAGCAGCUCCCAAAGAAACCCAAGCGGAAGAAACGCCGGCGGCGGAACGUGAACUGCCUGCGCCACGCGGUGCUGUGGUACGAGGACCACCGGCAGCGCUGCCCCUACGAGCCGGCGCUGGCCGAGCUCGACCCCUCCGUGGGGCUCUUCACCACGGCCGUGUGGCAGUGCGAGCGCGGGCACCGCUACUUCCAGGACCUGCACUCCCCCCUGCGGCCCCUCAGCGACUCCGAGGGGGACGACCCCCCCGGCAGCCCUUCCUCCUCCUCCUCCUCCUCCUCGGGGGGCUGCAGCUCCGGCUCCGAGGCUCCUCCAGGGGGGGCCCCCCAAGUUCCUGGGGGGGUCCCUGUGGCCGAAGCGCCCCCCCCGGGCCCGGGCCCCCCCCUUGAGGCCGUGGUGUGUGUGCCCCUGCUCCAGCGGGGGGCGCUGGCCGAGGGGGGGGGGCGCCCCCCCCCUGCUGCAGGGGCCCCCCCUCCUCAUCCUGGGGGGGCUGCAGCUGGAGCUGGGGGGGGGGGACGUGCCCUGCGCCCUGCUGCAAGGGGGGGGGCCCUUCAGCACGCCCCCCCUCGGGCCCCAGCUCCCCAAAACUGAGGAGGACGAGGAGCUGCUGGGGCUGAAGCUGAAGCUGAAGCAGGAGGAGGUGCCCCCCCCACCCCCCGCAGCAGAGCCCCCCCCGGCCCCCCCGCAGCCCCCCCGGCCCCCCCCGAGGACAGCGACGUCUCCGCCAUCAUCUACGAGAUCCCCAAAGAGCCCCAGAGACGCCGCCGGAGCCGCCGGGGCCGCGCGUCCCCCCCCGAGCCCAGCGCCUGCCCCCCCCCGGGCAGCUUCCAGGCCCAUGGGACCCCCCCCCCCCGGCUGCAGGAAACGGUUUGACGUGGCCAAACGCCUGCGACGGCGCGUGGGGACCCCCAAUGGCUCAAGGGACGUCACUUGUGAGAGCUGCGGGCGCCCGUUCAAGCACAAGCCCCGGGGGGGGCACGACGGGGACCCCCCCCUGAAGUGUGAGCUCUGCUGCCGCCCCCCCGCCCCCCCCAGCACUUAGGGGGGCCCCGACCCCCCCCGGGACCCCCCCGACCCCCCCUUUUUUCCCCCCCUUAUUUAUUUCCUCCUCCUCCAUUCGCCCCCCCCCCGGGGGGGGGUGUUUGGGGGGGCCCCGGUUUGGUCUUUGUGGGGAGUGGGGGGCAAUUGGGGGGGUUCCCCCCCCCCCAUUAAAGUGAUGGAUUUGA